AUGGCGGUGCCGCGAACCCCAGAGAACAAAGCUGCAGUAGCAGACACCGUACCACUCCGAAGCUGCAUCGCCUGCUGCAUGACCGAGAAGGAAAGCACGCUGCUGCGACCAUGCAGAGCCUGUAACCACGACUAUUGCACCGAAUGUGUGCUCGACAUGUUCAUUACCGCCACCCACGACAGCACCCGCAUGCCUCCUCGCUGCUGCGCCCUCCUCCCCAUCCACACCAUCAUCGCCGAACUCUCCGACGAAGAAGCGGCCGAAUAUCGAGCCAAGGUCGAGGAAUGGAUCACCCCCGUCAAGACCUAUUGCCCCUCGCCCACCUGUUCUGCUUUCAUCUCCGACCGACUCAUCCCCUGCGAUACCCCAGCAAAGCCAGCACCUCUCCCUCCUUCCAUCGUGUCCAUUCUCCAAGAGGUGCUGCCAGCCAUCGCCGCGAGCAGCUCCGCUCGCUUCUUCCGCGGCGAAAUGGACAUCUCCGAACUGCCCGGCUUCACCAAGGUCGUCAAAAACCCAAUCGACCUGACCAUGAUCCAAGACAACAUCUCCAAGUACCAUAGCAUCAAGGAAGUCACCGCCGACAUGCGACAUCUCGUCUCCAACGCCGUGGACUACAACGGGGUUAAGCACCCCGUCUCCCACGCUGCUCGCCGCCUUUACGCAGAGUACACCGACCAGCUGUCCGCCGUCACCGAUCGCCUGAUCAAGUACACCGCCAAGGAACCUGCGCCGAAAAUCUUCGCAUGCCCCAAAUGCCAUGUGGCCAUCUGUCCCAGCUGUAAGCAAAUCGAGCACGCGGGCCGGCCGUGCGACACCCGUGCCGCAGAAGAGGAGGCCGCGAUGCUCGAACGCUUUGGGUACAAGAGGUGUCCGCGUUGCAAUGCUGGCGUGAAGAAGAUGUACGGCUGCAGUCAUAUCCAAUGCGUGUGUGGCGGGCACUGGUGCUACUACUGCCAGAGGAGUACGAGCGAGUGCGAUGGAGGCUGUGGCGAGUACAGCGAGGGAGACGACGAGGAGGAAGAGGAAGAAGAGAGUGAAGAAGACGAUGAAUCGGAUGAGGAAGAGGGGGGUAUGGAUGCUGUUACUAGUGGACGUGAUGUGGAGCGGGUGGAGGGAGGCCAGCCAGCUCAAUCUGGGAACACGGGGAACAGCACGCACCCUCCACCAGCCGCAGCCGCAGCCGCUCCUCCUCCACCGCCUCCGGAGAGAUUCGUCAACCUUGAUGCCGGACCACAGCGCGUGUGGGCAGAGGGCGAUUACGACUUCGGCUCCGAGCCAGGAGACGAGCCGUUCGCUCAGGUGUGGUCGUGUCGACACUACUUCAUGACAUGCGAGGCGCCCCCAGCAGACGGCAUCAAUCGCGGCAACCUCGAUCGCAUGGAGUGCAACCGGUGCUUCGAGAGGGUGAUUGCCUGCAAGCCCGCGCCACUCUCGGGCCUGCCACAGCAUCUGCUGAAAAUGAAGAAGCGUCGCAAGGCCGGAUCACGACCGAAAGGGAUGUUGUUGCCGGCUGAGUCGUCGGAGAUUCUCAAUGAGGCUGCUGCUGCUGCUGCUGGUUCGAAGGAGGCGCUGGAGUGCGAGAUUUGCCACAUUAUCGUUUGCUCGUCUUGUCGGAACAAGUACGAUGCGGAAGAUGAUGCGGAUUAA